GAUCGGAGACGGGGCGACCCUGCAAGUCCAGGCGCCCAAGAAGAGGAUAUUUAUCUCCGUGCCGCCGCACAUCAAAGACAAGGCCGUGGUAUGGUAUCCCGGCGCCACUGUCGCUCAGAUCGAACGCUCCAUCGCCCGAGCCGCCGGCCUGCCGGACAACGCGGCGAUUGAGCUGAGGGAUGGGGAUGAUGUGGUCGUUCUGUCGCCGACAAUACCCAACGAUAUCCACCUGUGGGUGGUGAACACCGUGCUGCGCCCUAGCCCUGCUGCCGCUCCGCGCGAGCGGCCUCAAGCCACUGGAAGCCGCGUGCUGAAUUCGAGCCGCGGUCAGAUGAGCUCCGUGUCUUCCGUGGCAUCCACGGAGUCGCGGGCGAAGAUGCAGCAGUCGCCAAGCAACCACUCCAUGAGUGGGCAGCUUCGCCGAGAUCGGGAGCGACAGCGAGACAAGUCGCCACCAAGGCAGAAGUCACCUCCACGCCCUGCACGCAGCGGAGGGCUCCACGCUUCAGUCGGGGGCAGCACAACGCCGACAGCGCACCAGAGUGCCCCAGAGGAGCACUGUGUGCACAUCCUCGCCGGACACACGGGGUCGGUGCUAUGUCUGUGCGGCGUCGGGGACAUCCUUUUCACUGGGUCCCAGGAUGGUGACAUCAUGAUUUGGGACCUCAACAACCUGCAGUACAUAGGCACCCUGCCUGGGCACAAGGGCUUCGUCAAGUGCCUGUACGCUAGCUAUGCGAAGAAGGUGCUGUGCUCGGGGUCCCAGGAUCGCACCAUCCGCAUUUGGAGCCUCGAGACAUUCUCAACAGUGAAGACGCUGCUGGGCCACACUGGGGGUGUGAAUGCGAUCCUGAUUCUGGAGGGGGCAGACGUUCUCGUUUCUGGUUCGGAAGAUCGAUCCAUCCGGGUGUGGGACCUGGCGACCUUUGAG